AUGGUGAUAAAAUCUGUGACGAUUCAUUCUUUUCCCUACAGCCCCAAGAGCGGCAGGAUUUGCAGCAAUAAGACACCCAUUGAUGUCCAAGCCCUAAAGAAGAAAGUCAGCAGGGUGACAUGCGACCCCGCGGCCCGAGCCAUCCUCAGCAGUUUGCUGCUCUACAUCACCGACCGCGAGGACGGGCCCCAGGGGCCUCCUCCCUCCAGGAGGGCAGAAGGCGGGCUGAGCAAGACCGGCCGGGCGCCGGAGCCCCAGGACGCCCCGCGGCGACCCACACGCUUCCAGCUCCUCAAGGCCAAGUUCAUGGGCACCGGCCGGGAGCCGCGCCUCAAGAGGACCCGGGAGGUGGGGCGGCUGAUCUUCAAGGACAGGCAGGGCCCCGGCAGGAGCCUGGUGACGGCCACUAUCCACAAGCUCCUGGAGAAGACCAGGGAGGGAGCCGGCCGCCCCGCACGAGGCCGGGAGCCGCUGGGGCGCGAGAGGCCCCGGGGGCUCCCCGCCGGGAGGAGCUCCGUGAAGAGCAUCCUGAAGGUGUUCUUGGCCGCGGAGGAGAAGGAGGCCGCGGAGAAGCCUUCCGCGGAGCCGCCCAAAGCCGCCAGGGGCCCUCCGCCGAAGGCGGGCGUCAGGCGGAGCGCCGCGCUGGCCAAGCUGCGGGAGACGUUUGAGCGGAGCGGCUGCCGCUGUGCGGAGACCGGCCUCCUGCCGCUGCGCGCGCACGAGCACAGGAAGAAGCGCCUGCCGCGGGGCCCGCUGCACCGGCCCGAGCGCCGCGUGCUCCGCUUGGCCACCUUGGCCAGCACCUGCAUCCGGGCGCCCCCCGCCCGCUUCCUGGCCGGCUCGGCCGAGCCCCUGCUGCCCUUCAGCAUCGCCACCGUCGUCUGCGGCCCCCGCAGCUGGAUGUCCCACGGCGCCAGAGUCACCCACGCGGAUCUGCGCUGCGCGCCCAGAGGAGAAACGGGCACGGCCCCCCGCGCGCGAGAGACGCCCGGUGGGAGCCAAGCACCAGGGUGGGGGCAGCCCCGGCAGCCCUCCGCUCCCCGGGCGACCGCCCCCAGGGACGGCCCGGAAACACUGUUGCCAGGUGCGGGGCCCGAGUGUGUCCCCAGGGCAGCCCCCUCUCCCGCCUCCCUCUGGGGUGAAGUCCUUCCUGGCUGCGAGCCCGAGCUGAGCCCACGGGGACCAGCCAGCCCGGGGGGCACGGCGGCAUUGGGAGGCGACAGGACGGGGGCUGCCCAGGGGGCGAGGGGAGCAAGGCUGGGCCCCCCGCCGGGGUUCGUGGGGGGCAGAGCCGGGGCUGCCCCCGAAGUCACCCUGACCGUCUGCAGUUCAGAGGAUGAAACGGAAAGAAUGACUGCAGACUCGGAGCCAGACCCCCUCUUCGCUGUCCAGGAGAAUUGCCCAGAAGAGAGAGCGCCAGGACAAUUCCCUCCGCUCGCGGCGCAUGCAGCCCAGGCCGCGCAGCACACACAGCCAGCCAUGGAGCCUCUGCAGAUCGCGGCCAGACUGCCGGCUGUCCACACAGUGCCGCCCCCUCCUGCCACCCUGCAGAGGGCAGCAGGCCCUGAAGACCAAGGCUGGCGUCUUCUGCGAGGAGAGGGUGUGACUGGAAAUACAGGAGCCCCACCUACCACUACGGCCGAGAGUGGAAGCAGGGGCGCCCCGUCGAGGGCAGGACGGAGCCCGGCAGGUCUGAGCCCGCCCACCCUGCCACAGCAAGGCCCAGGGGCACAGCCAACGCUCACAGCGCCUCCGCAGGAUGCUGCCUGCCAUGGUCCAGACGUCCCCGAGGCAGUUCCCACGACGAAACCGCAGAAAAGUUCCCCUGGAGGAAAGGAAACCAGACGCAGCCCUGGGACUUCACACAGGCUCCCGAAGCACCAGGACACUUGGGGAGAGGACGCUUCCCAGCUAAGUUCUAAGACACCUCUGCUGACAGGACGGGAGGAAAGGCCGGUUGAUGACGCCAGCACCUCAUCACAUCGGUCUGCGGCCUCGGAAAACCGAUGGAGGGGACUCGCCGGCUGUGCCCCCGGCGGUCAGCAAGUGCUGGCGCCCAGGGUUCCCGGGAGGAGCGAGGUGAGUGUCUCCAUGAGGCCAGAAGCACCGGCCCAGGACGGGAGGAGGCCUGAGAAUCUGCCCUCGGUGGACAAGAGCCCCCCUCGUGAGCAGGAAGGACACAGGGGGCCCCCGUCGUCCCCGGAGCCAACCCGGCCCCCGCUGACGGCUGAAGGGAGCGCCAGCCAUGAUCCUGGUGAGAACAGAGCAAGCUCCUUAACUGAACGAACACAGCCGAGGAGUGUCAACGCCCCCGGGCGGGUGACGGCUGCAGGGGCCUCCAGGAGCCCCCCAGCCCUGGUGCCAGGGGACGCCCUGAGCCCCGGAAACAGGGCGGCCAAGGAGCAGGAGGAAAGGGGCGCCGCCCGGCCCACAGGCCCAGGUCUCGCGGCCGAGAAGCCUGAUCGCCAGCCCAGGGGCGGCAGCGUGUGCGGAGCCUCGGGGUCCCCACCCGCCCCGCCUCGGGAGGCCGCCGACACCCAGACCCUGCCUGUCGAGCCCCGCGGGGCAGCUCCAGGUGAACUGGCCGCAGGCAAAAGGAAGGUGGCAGCUGGGGACAGAAUCUCAGGCGCUGUGUGGCAGAGCCCUCAGGGGGGCAGCCCAAAGCCCCCGACUCCAGCCCCAGAUCUCCCUGUGCCACAGGGGAGCCACGUGGCGGGGACUCCAAGCCACGCUUUGGGCACUAGGCCACCGCCGUCUGAGAACCAGCAGGCCAAGGGCGGGACGUGCGUCUUACCCGGGGAACAGCUUCCUCCCAGUGCUGGGCCUUCCCACCAACCUCCCCCCACGUCCACAGUGGCGGAUGGGCUAAGGGCAGACCGGGUGGCCCAGAAGCGCCUCGACCUCCAGGCCCCCAGGGAAGUCGCGGGCGGGGAGAGGGCCGGCCUGGGCGGCGGAAGAAGUCACCGUGGGCAAGAGGAGGGGCCCCCGGGGGCUGCGAGGCUGGACGGUCCUGGAAGGAAGGGAGAAGGCCUUUGGGGCGAGAAGGCCCGCUCGAGUGGGGCCGAAGAGGCUGUGGACGGUGACCCGGCGGCCCCGGUGGAGGCUCCCGGCCGGCGCAUUGGGAAGAGCCCAGAGUGGCCGCAGAGGCAGCAGGCGAGGCACACAGAGGGCCCCCCUCGGGGACAUGGGGCCCCGGCUGCAAAGAACCUAGCUCCUCCCCACCCAGGGAGCCCGGCACACCCUGCCCAGGCCCAGGCUGGCAGGACGGCCCCCCCUAACUCGGCUCAGCCUGAGAGCAAGGCAGCAGAGGUGGCGCCCCCCGCAGGCAAAAAUGAGACGUCCCGGAGACCAGCAGCCUCCAGGGGUGGUCAGGGGGCUCGCGGAGAGCCAUGCGGGCAGGGCGAGAGCCCGACGGCCCCCGGCCCCCGGCCAGCGCCAGCCUCUGCGGUGCCCUCGGCCGUGCUAGGGGGCUGCCACACGGCCCGCGCCCCCGCCCCAGGGGGGCCCCCGGACACCCCCGGGGCGGGGAGGGGCACGCAGGAACGCGGACGCGGCGGCAGGGGCGCGCACCUGGCCAAGUACAGAGCCCAGAGCUUCAGCGACCAGAGGUCCUUCGAGCUGUCCUUUAGACCAGCCAUCCUCAGGGCCAAUGACACGUUCGCGCUUCCAAAGUGA